AUGCCCAAGGCCGGGGGGCCGCCGGCCCCUUCCCCGUCCCCGCCGCCCCGGCCCGGGGACACGGAGCUCGGCCGCCAGUUCCGGGCCUGGUGCCUCCGGACCUACGGGGACUCCGCCAAGACCAAGACCGUCACCCGCAGCAAGUACCAGCGCAUCGCCGAGGUGCUCAGGGCCGGGACCCCCGGGCCCGGGACCCUCGCCGGCGCCGGGACCCCCGGGCCCGGGACCGGCCCGCCCCCGGACCCCGCCCCCGCCCCCGGCCCCGGCCCCGGCCCCGGCCCCGCCGCCGCCGCCGCCGCCGCCGCCGCCGCCGGGGAGAAGGGCAAGUUCCAGUUCUGGGUCAAGUCGAAGGGAUUUCGGCUCGGAGGAGGCGCCGGCGGCGGCGACGGGCCCGGGGACCCGGCGGCCGGACAAGUGGUCUAUGUGCCGGUCAAGACGGGAACGGGCACAGAUGGCCUGGGGGAGCCCAAGGGCUCGCUGAAGCAGGUGGCCGUGGUGGAAGACUUCUUUGACAUCAUCUACUCGAUGCACGUGGAGAGUUCGGCGGAACCCGGCCGCGCCCCCAAACAUGCGGGACAGAAGAAGACCUACCGAGCGAUCGCCGAGACGUACGCCUUCCUGCCGCGGGAAGCGGUGACUCGUUUCCUGAUGAGCUGUACUGAGUGUCAGAAGAGGAUGCACUUCAACUCCAACGGGCUGGAGCCCAAAGAGAGCGAAGCCCCCUCCACGCUGGUCUCCGGGAUCAUCGACUACAACAUGCCGCUCACCUCCACCUACCUGAAGCAGAUGAAGCUGAGGGUGAUGAACUCCCAGGAGCAGGAUGAGACGUCGGUGAGCAGCGAGGAGUUCGACCUGAACGAGGCCUCAUGGACGUCAGCUGACCCGCACCUCCGCGCCGGCCUCAGCCCCCCACCGGACCCCGCCAUGCGCAGCCCCCAGGGCCUCCACAGCCACGACGACGAUGACUCGUCGUCGGAGAGCUGCAGCGGGCAGGGCUCGUCCACCCUGAACCCCUCGGCGUCCAGCAGCACCCAGGGCGACUGCGCCUUCUCGGACGUGAACGGCCACGGUCCCCCCGACGACCAGCCCGUCAACCUCUGCGACAAGACCCCGGCCCACGCCCACCCGCCGCCCCCCUACGCGCCCGAACCCGGGGGGCUCGACGGCGGCCUCAGGGCCCGGGGCAAGUACGCCCUCAAGGGGACCCCCGAGUCCCCCCCUUACAGCUCGGGCAGCUACGAGUCGGUGAGGACGGAGGGGAGCGUCUGCCCCGAGGACCUGACGGUGGGCCGGCCGCCCCCGCCCCCGCCGCCCGACGACGAGGACGACGACGACCACGACGACGCCGACAAGAUGAACGACUCGGAGGGGCUCGACCCCGAGAGGCUCAAGGCCUUCAACAUGUUCGUGCGGCUCUUCGUGGACGAGAACCUGGACCGGAUGGUGCCCAUCUCCAAGCAGCCCAAGGAGAAGAUCCAGGCCAUCAUCGAGUCCUGCAGCCGCCAGUUCCCCGAGUUCCAGGAGCGGGCCCGAAAACGCAUCCGCACCUACCUCAAGUCCUGCCGGCGCAUGAAGAAGAACGGCAUGGAGAUGACCAGGCCCACGCCUCCGCACCUGACCUCCGCCAUGGCCGAGAACAUCCUGGCCGCCGCCUGCGAGAGCGAGACCCGGAAGGCCGCCAAGAGGAUGCGGCUGGAGGUCUACCAGACCUCCCAGGACGAGCCCAUCGCCCUGGACAAGCAGCCCCCCGGCCCGCCCGCCCCCGCCGCGCCCGCCCCCGCCGCCUCCUACGCCCAGGACCCCGUCUACGUCAACGGCACCCUCAAUUACAGCUACCGGGGCUACGGGGCCCUGGGGCCCGGCCUGCAGACCCCCGCCUCCCUCCAGACCGCCAACCACAGUAACGGUCCCACGGAUCUCAGCAUGAAAGGGGGGGCCGCCGCCGCCUCGGCGGCCGCCGCCGCCUCGGCCUCGGGCCCGGCCUCCUCGUCGUCCUCGUCCUCCUCGUCGUCGUCGUCCUCGUCGUCGUCCUCGGCCCCCGCCGCGACGGCCCAGCUCAGCCCCACCGAGAUCGGGGCCGUGCGCCAGCUCAUCGCCGGCUACCGCGAGUCGGCCGCCUUCCUGCUCCGCUCCGCCGACGAACUGGAAAACCUCAUCCUGCAGCAGAACUGAAAGCCCCCCGGUGUUGGGGGGCCGGGGGGCCCGGGGGCGCCCCGGG